AUGUAUCGGCCGAACUUCUACGAAAGCACCUGCUUUAGGUGCAAUGAGAUCGUGUAUCAGGUGGACAGGGUGGGCCCACUCAAGGACUUCACUUUCUUCCAUAGUGGAUGCUUUAAGUGCGCUGUAUGUGGGACUAAGUUGACUUUGAAGACCUACUACAACAAUCAGCACUGGACUGAAGACAAAGAGGUGUACUGCUCCAGCCACGUGCCCAAAAUCGGCCCUGGACAUUUGGACAACUCCUCUGUCGGCAUACGAAGUGCGCUCAACGUUCCAAAGAGCAACAACUAUGUGAACGAACAGAUACGAGGGCACGCGAGGAACAGCCAUGAAACGGAAUUAUCACCGAUUAGGGCGACGAAUGGGAGCAGCGUUCACGCAUCGCCUGCGCGGGAGUUGUCGAGAGAUACGCCGGACUACCAGUACGGACGUUUCGACGCGAGCGCACUUCACAUAGCACACGCACUCAAACAGACGGAACUUCAAAAGGCCUACCACAGACCGAGGGAGAAACCAAUCGACGCUUAUUUGGGGAAAAUAAUCGUUUGGCCAAAUGCGGCGACAAAAACGGCGAUUAUGACACGGUCCUACGAUUUUUGGAUUGGUGUGAAGGAUCUAGCGUGGCGAGUGACCUUAUUUGGAGAGCCUCGGUCCUUUAGCUGGACGAUGAAACUAUGGUUUUAG